AUGAAGAACCGGAUUGCCAUCUAUGAGCUCCUUUUUAAGGAAGGAGUGAUGGUUGUCCAUAUGCUCAAACACCCUGAGCUGGCAGAGAAGAAUGUGCCCAACCUUCAUGUCAUGAAGGCCAUGCAGUCUCUGAAGUCUCGAGGCUACGUGAAGGAGCAGUUUGCCUGGAGACACUUCUAUUGGUGCCUUACGAAUGAGGGCAUCCAGUAUCUCCGCGAUUAUCUCCACCUACCUCCGGAGAUCGUACCUGCCACCCUGCACCGCAGCUGUCCCGAAACUGGCAGGCCUCGGCCCAAAGGGCCAGAGGGUGAGCGCCAGGCAAGAUUCACAAGAGGGGAGGCGGACAGAGAUACCUACAGAAGGAGUGCUGUGCCCCCUGGUGCUGACAAGAAAGCCAAGGCCGGGGCUGGCUCAGCCACCAAAUUCCAGUUUAUAAGAGGCUUUGGUCGUGGACUUGGUCAGCCACCACAGUGA